AUGGAUUGCGGAUUGGUUUUGGUCGGUCGUUUUCUAGCCUUUCUUCUCCUGUUCGUUCAAUUGGGGUUCCUGACAGCUUUUCCUGUUUGGUACAGGGAUGAUAAACGUCUAUUAUCCUUGGUGCUGUUGUUUUUUCCUUCCUUGAUUUACUAUGGGAUUUGUCUGGCUACUGCUGCAAAACUCCGUACAGUGUUCCGUACGUGGGAUCUCUACAUUGUUUGCGGUUUGAUCCCUUACAUCGCCAUCAUUUUUGCGUUGUGUGGAGACGCACUCGACAAGGACAAUUUCCUCAGCCCGACCUGUUUGAAAGUGAUCCUGUGCAUCACGCCUGUUGCCUUUCUCAUUCUGGUGAAUACAGCGAGCGAUUUGGGUGAACACGAAGACUAUAAAACCCUGGCAUGGACGCUGUCAGUAGUAAUAACAAUAGAUCUUGUCGAUGGCGUCGAGAUGUUGGAUAUUGUGCUCGAUGAGAGAGAGAACAGUCAUCAAAUCCCAAAAGAGUUGGGAUAUGCGAUGAUAGCAGCGGCGUGCGUAAGCUUUCUGUUGACUCUGCUUCAGAUUGCGGAGAAUAAACUCCACAAGGGGACCAUUUCUCCCGACAAAGGAUCGGAAAAUGAACUCAACGAUCGCAAGGAAACCGUCUCUCUUCGUAAUGGAGUGGCGAUUGUCGCAAAUCUUUUGCAGAUUAUAUUCGUGAAUUUGCCUUUCAUGGCAAUGCGAGUGAUUGUAAUUGUCCAGUACAACAAAGAUGAUAAUGAGUCCAUCUUCAUCACAAAGAAUCUGAUCGCCAUCUUUCUCUCCGGGAUGCAGAUCUACUGGAUCCGAAAGAGCUAA